ACAUUGUAUUCUUACCCAGAUAACUUCAGGACCUACAACAUCCUUAUUGCAGCGCAAUAUGGUGGUGGUUCUGUUAAACUUGCACCUGGUUUUGUUGCCGGAGAAACCACCAACUCUCCGGAAUUUCUCUCAAAAUUUCCUUUAGGUUCUGUCCCUGCAUUCGAAGCUAAAGAAGGAAAGCGCAUUACUGGAAGCAAUGCUAUAGCAUAUUAUGUUAGUAGCAAUGACCUAAAAGGUACUGGUGAUGUGGAGAAAGCUCAGGUCAUUCAAUGGUUGAGUUAUGCUGAUAAUGAAAUCCUUCCUCCUGCAUCAGUAUGGACUUUCCCUUAUCUUGGAAUUUUAGACUACAAUAAGCAGGCUGUGAACAAUGCAAAAAAUGAUUUGAAAAAUAUAUUGACCCACCUCAACAAUUUCCUGUUGUGUCGGACCUAUCUAGUUGGGGAACGAAUUUCUUUAGCUGACAUCACUGUUGCCUGUACACUUCUCAAUGCUUAUAAAGUUGUCCUGGAUUCCUCCUUCAGGAAAGGUUUCCAGAAUGUUAACAGAUGGUUUAACACAAUCAUCAACCAACCUAAAGUAAAGAAUAUUCUUGGGGAAGUCAAAUUUUGUGAAACUGAACCCAAAGUUCCUACUCCUGUUAAAGGUGGUGGUGAUCAGGCUGGAGGUAAAAAAGAUAAGAAGAAGGAAAAAGAGGGGCAGUCACAAAAUGAACAAAAGAAAGCUGAAAAAGCUGCCGAACCUGCUGAAGAAAUGGAUGAGGCAGAACUUGCAUUAGCAUCUGAGCCAAAAUCUAAAGAUCCUUUUGAUGCUCUUCCUAAAGGAACUUUCAACAUGGAUGAAUUUAAAAGGUGUUAUUCCAAUGAAGAAGUUGAGGUAUCCAUUCCUUUCUUUUGGGAAAAGUUUGAUGAAGCUAAUUAUUCUAUUUGGCAUGGAGAAUAUAAAUAUCGCGAUGAACUCAAGAAAGAUUUCAUGAGUUGUAACCUCAUUACAGGUAUGUUCCAAAGGUUGGAUAAAAUGAGAAAGCAUGCCUUUGGUUCAGUUGCCUUAUUUGGAAAGGAUCAGGAUAGCUCUAUAUCUGGUGUUUGGGUUUGGAGAGGACAUGAAUUAGCAUUUUUGCUAAGUCCAGACUGGCAAGUUGACUUUGAAUCAUAUGAUUGGGUUAAACUUGAUCCGAAAAACGAAGAACACAAGAAGAAAAUUAAUGCUUAUCUCGCCUGGGAAGGUGCGGACAAAGAUGGUCGCAAAUUCAAUCAAGGAAAAAUCUUCAAAUGA